AUGCAUCAAGAACUAUAAAAAUUGGAAUAAUUGAAUAGUCAAGAAUUAGAAUUAGUAAAAUAGGUAUAUGAAUAAAAAGUAAGGCAAUUAUUUUAAUAUAAUUAGGUUGUAUAUUUAAAUACAAAAAUUUACAUGCUUUCAAAAGAACUGGAGUAAAAAACAUCUGAAGUAUCAAAGAUAAAAAGAAGUUAAAUUGUUGUUUAAGAGGAUCCUAUAUAAGAAGAUAAUUUAAUUGAAAUAGAAAGAGCUAAGACAUAGGAUUUAAUUAAAGAAACUAAAGAAUAGAUGGAAUAAGAGUUAUUAGAAUUAAAAUCUUAAUACUCUAAAGAAUUAUUUGAGCUUUAAAAAUAAUUAAGAAAAAGAGACUUAAUGAUAGAGUAAUUAAUGAUAGAAAUAUAAAUGUAUAAAAAUUGUUAAAAUUAAAAUCUCGACAAAAUGAAGGUAGAAUAUCUUUCCUAAUUGAUUGAGAUUGUUUAGGAUAUCUAAAUUUAAAUUUAGUAAUGA